AUGGAAAUCAAAUCUCUUCUUCUUCUCGUUUCUCUCCUAGCUUAUUCCUUUAUUCUCCUUGAUGGAGUCUCUGGCACUGCUAGGCCGUCACGGUCGCUACUAGGUGGAUGGAAACCCAUUGUAGAUGUGGAUGAUCCAUUUAUCCAUGAGAUCGCAGAGUACGCURUCUCUCAGCACAAUAAGGAAGCCAAGACAAAACUCGUACCCAACGAGUUGAUUCAGGGUGAGACACAAKCUGCCGGAGGCGGCACCAGUUAUCGCCUUAUAAUUGCAGCAAAGGAAGGCUCGGCUAUCAAAAAAUACGAGGCUGUUGUCUUGGAGAAGGGUGGGACGCCUUCCAGUCUUACAUCUUUCAGACAGAUUUAG